CGUGCGGGAGGCAUCAGUGGUGGGUGGCCGGGCGGGAGGUAGAGACGCGCGGGUGUGUGUGUGUGCGGCGCCUCAUCUCUCUCUCUCUCUCUCUCCUCUCCAUUACAAUGGCUCCUGAGGUCUCCUCCCACUGGGAGGAGUUCUACAUGGGCUCCCGCAGGUUCCAGUUCCUGGCCGACACGCUGGGCAUGCCCAUUGAUCAGGUCAAUUUUAUAUUGGGGCAAGUGACGGCCCUGGUACUGGCAUAUAUAUUCCGGGUCUACUGCCAUCCUUCACGUGUCUCGACUACAACUCGUCACUGGGGCUCAAUGGCUGCAGGACUGGGUAUCUCCUACUUUUGUUUUGGAAGACAGGUGCUGUUGGCAGUGCUGCUGGUGAUAGGUUGCUACGUGCUGAUGCUUCUGUUGCCUAUCACCCUGGUCCACCACGUGACCCUGGCAGCAGCCAUCACAUUUCUUUCUGCUAUGCACAUCCAAAGGCAGAUAUAUGAAGAUGGAGCUUUUGUUAUUGAUGUCACAGGUUAGUUGU